AUGUGCGAGGUCUGGCUGGUCUGCGCGCAGACUGGGACGAGGAAGAGCCUCGUCGGUCGGAAGGUGCCGGGAAAUUUAAGAACUACUAGCUAUAGCUAUAGGGCGUGUCCGGUAGCAGGCGCGCAAAACUUUUCAACGACUUCUCACUCAUAUCCAAUCGUGAUAGUCCACACAAGUUGCCCAACUCACCCUGUCAUGAAGCACCACGAAAUGCAGCCCAAAUCUGGAUUUUUGUCUCUUGCUCAAGAACUCCAGUUAUACAUUCUGAGCUUCUUGCCUUGCCGAGAUAUUCUUCGUUGUACAUCCGUAUGUAAGGCCCUUCGCCAGACGUACAUGUCCUCUUCUGAGCUUCAGUGCAUCAUCGAACUCAGUGGCCAAAGGUUGCUUCCUGUCUCUAGCACCGACAACCACGCCCCUACUUCCAACCGCCUACAGACCUUGAGGGAUAGGGCCCAUGCAUGGUUCAAGUUUGACAUGCACUCUUUCGAAUCAAUCGACUUACCAGAAAACUUGUACGCUAAGAAAAGGGUCGUCACUGAUGGUCAUCUCUACCUGUGGGACGAAGGUGGAGACCUGGCCAUGAUCACUCCAAUACUUCCAAAGCUCUCACAACGAGCAAUCAAGCGCGGCUGGUCUCCAGGAACGUUGUGUUCGGUGCCCCACUCAAACAUCCUGGAUGUGUUGAUGGACCCAGCACAAAACCUGAUGGCCAUCGUGUAUUCUGUCACUGACUCGGAUAAUCCUCUCCAAUCGGAUGAGACGGUUCAUAUUGAUCUUAGAGCCCUGGACGAUGAUAGUGUUCACCCCCAAGCUGCUGGACGGAAACUACUGUUAUCGGUGCCGGCCGGAUACGACGACAACCACAUUGAAACAAUGUAUGCGAAGCUCAAAGGUUGUGGAAGGCACAUCGCUUUGCAGCGCAUGUUGGUGGUUGCAGUUGAUGAUGGAGUAACUGACCACUACGCGUGGCAGCUGCAGAUUUGGGACUGGCAAAACGCGACGACAUCAAGUAGCGUCCUCAGCGACAUGAUACAGUACCCACAUGAAAACUCGAUCGACUUUUGUUUUCUGGGAAACAAUAGGCUGCUCGUUGUUGUUGGCGAUCUGCAACUCUAUUCAAUCGAGGAUAUGUCCCAGACGCCACAAUUGCUGGCGUGUUUCCUGUCGCCUCUCCCAUUGUCGGCACUGUGCUUCGUUCCGAUGGAUGAUGUUGAGCAACUGCAGAUGCAAGCACUACAAACAAUGUACAACUCGGACCCUACACGUCGACUACUAUGCCUCACCGUGACCUGUUCUACCACGCUAAUCUUCGUCAUUUCCACAAGGGUUUUCUUCGACCUUGAUGGAAUAGCAGUGACAAUGCCAGUGCCAUGGAGACGUUGGGGCCCUUCAAAUACUCGUAUUUUUCGAGACCCAUAUCAUUGCGAAACUCAUGUCAGCGGAAAUCGAGUUUUGCACGCAGUCGGCACACCAGACACGCGUCCCCUGGAAUACGAAGUACGUAUGAUGGACUUUAGCCCACUAGCUGUGAUGAAUAGGAAGGGUCUCGGGCGUGUGGUGAACGAGCCAUCCAUGAUAGAAGUGGUUGUGCUCACGUCUAGCACGACCCAGGAGAACCGGAAAAUUACAACAUCCUUGCCCUACGUCGAGGUCGUGUCGGAUAGGAAGAUCAGUAUUCACGAGUUGGAGGGCAUAUGGCUUGAUAAGGAUAGGAUCUAUCUGCUCAACGCAAAUUUUCAACGUGGAGUGGCAGGUUCUACUGAGUAUCUUGUAUCGCAGUCUAGCAGGCUUGAAAUCAUCGACGUCUAAAGCAGAGUAUCAUGUCAGGUGGUCCUUUACUUAUAAAGAUAGAUAUCAUACGUCUCCU